AUAAUUUGCAAGCAUGGAGAGAGGCCGAAGUAAGAUUGAAAAAAAGGGUGACAAUAGAUGCUUCCCGAGAACAAGCUAUCAACAAAGAAAAAGAGUAUUGGAGAGUUGUUUUGAAGAGAAUUGUUAUUGUUGUCAAGACCCUUGCUACUUGUAAUAUAGCUUUCCGUGGAGAUAAUGAAAAGAUUGUAGAUGACAACAAUGGGAAUUUUUUGAAGAUUAUUAAUAUGAUUGCUGAAUUUGAUCCGAUAAUGGAAGAACAUCUCAGGCGUAUUCGGGAGAAAGAGAUCCGAAAUCAUUAUCUUGGACACAACAUUCAAAAUGAGAUGAUCCAACUUUUGUCAAAUGAAGUGAAAAAGAAGAUCCUCCAAGUAGUGAAAAGUGCAAAGUAUUUCUCUGUUAUCCUAGAUUGCACACCUGAUGUUAGUCACGAGGAGCAAAUGACAUUCGUCCUAAGAUGUGUUAAUGUGUCUACGAGUCCAAUUCGAGUGGAGGAGUUUUUUAUUACAUUUGUGAAAGUUGUUGAGACAACCGGAGAAGCUCUCUUUCAUGAACUUAAAAGACUCCUUGAGACCCAUGAGCUUGAUUUUAACAAUGUAAGGGGACAAGGAUACGAUAAUGGCUCUAACAUGAAGGGAGACAACAAGGGUGUACAAGGUAGAGUCUUACGGGAAUAUCCUAGAGCAUUUUAUACUCCAUGUGGUUGUCAUUCUCUCAACCUUGCCCUUUGUGAUAUGGCUAUGAGUUGUCCGCAAGCAAAAACAUUUUUUGGUGUUGUUCAACGAAUCUAUAAAUUAUUUUCGGGUUCAACAAAACGAUGGGAGGUUUUCAAGACUUAUGUUAAAGACCGUGAUGGAAACGGUCUUACUCUUAAGUCAUGGUCAGAUACGCGUUGGGAAAGUCGUGUUGCCAGUGUUAGAGCUAUCAGGUUCCAAGCACCACAAAUUAAACAAGCAUUGGAGCACUUAACCAAAUUUAGCAAUGACCCUAGCACGGUUAGUGAUGCCAAGUCUAUAUCAGAUUAUGAAAUGAACUUUGAUUUUCUUGUUGCUUUGGUCAUAUGGUAUGAGAUAUUGAACAAGGUCAAUAAAGUUAGUAAAGUCUUGCAACAAAGAGAUAUGAAUAUGAGUUCGGCCAUUAGUCUCUUGAAAGGUUUGAUUGCAUUUUUCAAAGAAUAUAGAGAAGAUGGAUUUGAAAAGGCCAAAGUUGAAGCUGAAAAGAUUGCCACUGAGUUAGUUAUUGAACCUCAAUUUCGUGAGACACGAGUCCGUACUAAAAAAAGGUUCUUUGAUGAGAAUGCAAAUGAUGAACCAACAAGGUCACAAGAGAAUGCAUUUAAAGUCACUUAUUUCUUAGUUCUUGUUGAUAUUGCUCAUUCUUCACUCUCUAGUAGAUUUGAGCAGUUUCAUAAGUAUGAUGAUACUUUUGGAUUCUUUGUACAAUUUGACUAAGUUGAAGGGGUUGAGUGAUGAGGACUUGAUGCGUUAUUGUGGCAACCUUGAAGAGUUUCUCAAGCAUGGUGAUGAUGAGGACAUUGACGCCAAAGAGUUACUUUCAGAACUACAGAUGCUAAGGGUUUCAAUGCCAGGAUGCACAAAAAAAAGUGAUUGAAGUGUUGGAGUAUAUAAAAGAUAUGCAUAUUUGUUUUCCGAAUGCUUGGAUUGCCUAUAGAAUUUUAUUGACCAUUCCAGUGACUGUUGCAGCUGCAGAGAGAAGUUUUUCUAAAUUGAAGCUGAUAAAAAAUUAUCUCCGAUCAACCAUGUCUGAGGAUAGAUUAUCUGGUUUGGCUACUCUAUCGAUAGAAAAAAAAAUGUUAGCC